AUGGAGGGGUACUGGGACGUUGUGGUGUCGUCGCUUCAAGACACUUGCAACGCGAACGAGGCCAACUCCUUUGAUCCCCUAGAGCUGGCGCCAGCUGAGGGCAAGGAUGCGAAAUUGCAAAAUCGAGAUGUCGUGGUAAAGCAUAAAGAGAAUUUGGAGAAAACAAAACGCAUUUUGGAUACCGCAUUGAUCAACGUGAAUGGCUUACUAUCACAAGCUAAAAUUACUGGGCACGAGGCUGAUGACGGAUCGAUUGGUAGACGCAAUAAGCUCAAAACGCAGAAAUAUGGCCGAUCGUAUUAUCAGUCGCCGUAUAAUCCAUCAGAGCCUGUUGUCGUAGGAUCAGAAGUUGCCUUUAAGCCAAAACAGAAAGGAGCGGAGUGGAUUCAGUGUGAGGUCCUGAAGGUUCUAAACGAGAUAAAAUUUGAGGUUAAAGAUCCUGAGCCUGAUGAAAACAACCCGAAUGGACAGAUCUUCAAGUGCACUUGGAAGGAAAUCAUCCUCAUGCCCACUGCAGAAGAUUUGGUGUCGCUCAAAAAUUACCCAGUUGGCUACAGAGUCCUAGCACGAUAUCCCGAAACGACGACAUUUUAUCCUGCGGAAGUUAUUGGAUUCAAGAAGGAUGGGACUUGUCGCUUGAAGUUUGAGGGUGAAGAAGAGGUUGGUAAAGAAACAGAGGUGGAGAGAAAGCUAGUGUUACCUUUCCCAGGCUAA